GAAAAUAUCGGAGAAAGCGGAUUUAGGAAUGAAUACCAGAAAGGAACUCAAGGGUCACCAGAAUUAUUGAUAAUCAAGCAAGGAGUUUCUUUAUUUUUUUCUGAGGGUCUGACUAGCAAUUUGUCUCAGCGAGGCAAAAAGCCGCACAAAGAAAUAAAUCCGCCUAAUUUAUACUGGGAAGUGAGAGCCACGGCCAAAGUUAAUAAGCCACCUUGGGAAUAA